CCCACCCCCCUCAUCAUCAACAUCAAGCCUGUAUUCUUCCCUUGUUGGAUGAUGAUGAAGCCCUACUACAAUAAUUUCCGCAUUCUUAUAUCACUGUUGUAAGCUUGGUUGGUUAUUAGCUUACGCGUAACAGACCAAUCAUAAAGCAGCAGUUGUCCACACGUAAGAGGGCGGUAUUUAACACAACCUUUAAUUUUUCACCUGCAAACAAAAUACCACAGUUAAACCAGCAUAGCGCCCUCAUUUUUGUGUUGGUGCAAUAAUUAAAAACACAGUUGACUUGGUGUGUACGAGUUGACUUUUGGGUACGACGAGUUGACCCGUUUCGAUUGCAGCGCAUGUUCGUGAAUUUUUAAACAAAAUGACCGGUAUAGAGAGAUCCCUUCGCUCGGUUUUCGUGGGUAACAUCCCGUAUGAUGCGACCGAAGAGAAACUUAAGGACAUCUUCUCUGAGGUUGGUCCCGUCAUCAGUUUCCGCCUCGUCUACGAUCGCGAGUCGGGCAAGCCCAAAGGAUAUGGGUUCUGCGAGUAUAAAGAUCAGGAGACGGCAUUGAGUGCUAUGAGGAAUCUCAACGGGUAUGAGCUAAACGGACGAGCACUGAGAGUCGAUAACGCAGCGAGUGAGAAGAACAAGGAAGAGCUCAAGAAUCUUGUGCCUGCUGCUCCUGCAACUGAUUCGCCGUUUGGAGACGCCGUUGCACCACAUGAAGCUCCCGAGGCUAUCUCGAAAGCCGUGGCCAGCUUGCCUCCAGAACAGAUGUUUGAACUCAUGAAACAGAUGAAGUUGGUGAUUCAGAACAACCCAGUGGAGGCCAGGAACAUGCUUCUACAGAAUCCACAGCUUGCUUACGCCUUACUGCAAGCCCAGGUCGUCAUGCGCAUCGUCAAUCCAGAAAUCGCUGUGACGCUUCUUCACAAGCAAAUCAAUGUACCUCAAGUUCUCGUGCCACCUGACAUGCCCCAGACCACACAACAGCAGCCAGGCAUUAUCCAGGGUCAGGGGCCAGGUAUGCCCAUGAUGCCCGGUGGACAAGGUGGCCCUGGACCAGGCAUGAUGAACCAACGCCCACAGAUGAUGCCCCAGCAGCAGGGACCAGGUGGGAUGAUGCGGGGUCCGAUGCACGGACCGAACAUGGAUCAACGAGGACCCAUGGACAAUAGAGGACCCAUGAUGCAACAAGGCCCCCCUAACCAAAUGGGCAUGGAUCGAAUGGACACAGAGCCAAUGGGUCAGCGAGGUGGUAUGCCGCCCCUCAGCCAGGAACAGCGAGGAGGGUUCGACAAUCGCAACCAGAUGGACAACCGAGGUCCAGCGCCGGACCAGAGAGGUCAACCAGACCCAAGGUCACAUGACCCCAGACGACCCGAUAUACGAGGUCCGGACAUACGAGGUUUUGACGGGCGAGGGAACGACCCUAGAGGUCAACCCAUGAGAGGCGGUGGUGACCCUAGGGUCAUGGAGAGAGGAGGACCAGGCAUGCCGGGUGGACCACCAGUACCCCAAAUUGGCCAGGGUGGCCCAGGAGGUCCGGUGGGGCCUGGAGGUCCAGUGGGGCCAGGAGGUCAAGUGGGGCCAGGAGGUCCAGUGGGGCCAGGGGGACCAGGAUUCGGAGCACCUCAACCUACGCAGCAAGAACAGGAUAAGGCUGCUCUGAUCAUGCAAGUACUACAGCUAUCCCCAGAGCAGAUCAACCUCCUCCCUCCAGAACAGAAGGCUAGCAUCAUGUUCCUUAAAGACCAGAUUGCACGCAGUCAGGGACAACUACCAUAAGCCAAGACACUACACAACAGCCAUGUUGGUCUAUUUGUGAGUAUGGCUUUGUGAGCCAAAGUGAGGUUCGGGGUUCGAAUAGACUGGUACCUCUACACUUUCCAGGGGUGAGAAAUGUUUGAUGUGUUUCUUGUUCCUGAAGGAGCAGAUUGCACGCAGUCAGGGACAACUACCAUAAGCUCCUAAUACUGGAAUACAUUACUCUACAGCCAUAUUGGUAUAUUUGUGUGUAUGACUAUGAGAGCCAAAGUGAGGCUCGUGGGUUAAAAUAGACUGGUACCUUUACACUUUACAGGGGUGAGAACUUUACAAUGUUUUUCAUGUCACUCAAGGACCAGACUACAGGCAGUCAGGGACAACUACCAUAAGCUGGUUACUGGGUACAAUACACUACUACCAUAGUGGUCAAUUUGUGUUUAUGGCUAUGCGAGCCAAAGUGAGGCUCGCAGGUAAAAAAAAGUCUGGUACCUUUUUGCAUUUCUUUAUUUGGGCAUGUCUUUUUUUUCCGGGGGGUGGGGGGGGGGAUUGGAGAUUGAUGUUUAUUUCUUAUUGUUGACUUAAAUUUGUUGUCGUUUUUGUGGGGGGGGGGGUCGGCACUCAAUAAAUGUACAUUAAGUUCAUCAUCUUUGUGUAAUACCAUGUUGGGUAGCACCAAACCAUUUUUAUUCCUGUACGUUAGAAUUCAUACAAAUUUGAAUAAAUAAAUCCAGUAUCUGGAAGUCUACUAAACUCAACUGAUUUUGUGUCACCUCUAAAUUAUUUUGUUGUCAUUUAUAAUUCAAGUUUCUGUAUAAAAUUAUCAAAAUAUUCUGAUUAAAUAAGUCAUGAUCCAUAUAACAUUGCAUUAAUUUGACACAUAAUAAUGAUUUCAAAGUCAACAAAAUAUAUUUUGCUAUAUUUUUAAAACUAAGUACAGUCGACUCCUGUUAAUACGAGGUCCGCCGGACUGGCCCAUUUUCCUCGUAUUAUCCAAAUCUCGUCUUGAACGCAGCGUGCUAAAAAUAGAUAUACAUGUCAUCAUUGUGCAUGCACACAACACGCGUAGGUGCAUAUACAUGUACAGGAAUGGUUGUUAU